GUCUACUCUGAACUACACACAACAAAUGUCUUUAACAAGGAAGCUAAAACUAGAUCAAGACUAGAUAAUAGUAAUAUGUCUAGAAUAGAUCGAAGUGAAAUGUGUACCAAACAUUCGUAACUGUGCCCUUUAUUAGCUCAUAUACUGUUUCUAAUAUGGAUUUAAGCUGUUUAUUUUCGCAUCUAGAUCAAUUGUUGAAGGCUGGUCAGUUAUAAAGUAAAGCUUUUAGUCUCUUCUAAAAACUCUAAACCUAGGUUAGUAGAGCAGAGAGGUAGAUUCUUGUAAAAGGACCAUGCCAAAAAGUUAAAGACCUCAUCGCAAACUGUGAAGUGGAUUUAUUCUAGAUAUUAUAUAUCUAGCAUGGCUUUGACUUCAGCUGCAUUGACAACUUUGUCAGUGUUCAUCUUGUUGACAGUUUUGUCGUUGAAUCAGAUUCAGGUUUGUAAUGCUUCAUCACUGUCAGACUCAAGCUGUACUACUGCAGCAAAUUGUGGCAGUGGGACUAAUUUAGCAUGUGUUAAUAACACAUGUUCUUGUGAAAGUGGUUUUAAGGAAGAUAAUUUAACUUGUAAAAAGUUCCCAUAUGGUGAUCAUUGUAAUCAAAGUACAAUUUGUGAAGAUAAACUUAUAUGCAAUGGUAGUCCAUCAAAAUGUCUUUGCAACGUGACGUCAGAAUUUUUUUGGCAAAAUGGAUGCCAGCCACUUGUCAAAAUAGCUGUACCAAUUCAGGACAUCUCAGUUUCUACAAGCACCAGCAUUACUUUAAAUUGGAAGCUUUUGCAAGACUAUGAUGGUGUCACUUUUUUUAUUCAAACUGACAAUGGUGUUAACAUACCAGCUCUUAGCACAGGAGGUAGUUCAGGAGCUACCAUAUCAAACCUCAUACCUGGAUCAAAGUACAAUUUUACAAUACUCUCUGUACCUCCAGUAGACAAUUAUACUACUUACAAUAAUGCUUCUGUUGCAUAUGAUGGUAUUUGGACAAGUGCUGUUUAUGGAAAUGUCUGCAAAGCAGAAAAUAAUUUACCUGAAUGUGUUGCUGGACUGACUUGUGGAGUAUCUUCUCUUUCAAAUAAUUUAAACGCAUUAUGUUUGUGUAAUGAGAGUCAAUUUUGGUCAUCUGGUUGUAUAGAAAUUGUGAAAAUAGCUGUACUCAUUCAGAACAUCUUAGUUUCUACAACAACCACCAGCAUUACUUUAAAUUGGAAGCUUUUGCAAGACUAUGAUGGUGUCACUUUUUUUAUUCAAACUGACCAUGGUGUGAACAUACCAGCUCUUAGCACAGGAGGUAGUUCAGGAGCUACCAUAUCAAACCUCAUACCUGGAUCAAAGUACAAUUUUACAAUACUCUCUGUACCUCCAGUAGACAAUUAUACUACUUACAAUAAUGCUUCUGUUGCAUAUGAUGGUAUUUGGACAAGUGCUGUUUAUGGAAAUGUCUGCAAAGCAGAAAAUAUUUUACCUGAAUGUGUUGCUGGACUGACUUGCCGAGUAACUUCUCUUUCAAAUAAUUUAAAGGCAUUAUGUUUGUGUAAUGAGAGUCAAUUUUGGUCAUCUGGUUGUAUACAAAUUGACAAAUUAGCUGUGUCUAUUCAGAAACAAUUAGUCAAAAUGGAAACAAACAAAAUUAUCUUAAAGUGGAAUGUUGAUACCAAUUAUAGCAGUAAUGUGAAGUAUAAAAUCUUAAGUGUGGAAGGCACUGUAGACUCGCCUGUAAAUAGUACUGGAGGUUCCAUAUCAGGACUUACACCCGGAAAAAAGUACAACUUCACUGUUGUCUCGACACCUCCAGAUGAUUCAUAUACUACAUACAACAAUUGGAUGGUUCAAACAGACAAUUUUUGGACUUAUGCUGUUUAUGGAAAUGAGUGCCUAUCAGAUAGUUUUUCACCACAAUGUGCUCUUGAUUUGAAUUGUACCUUGUCCAACUCAGUUCCUGCUAGAAAAUUGUGUUUGUGUAAUGAUACUCAGUUUCGUUCAUCUGAUUCUCAUUGUCUGGAGAUUGAUGGCAUAAAAGUGUCAAAUAUAACCUACAAGGUAACAAGCAGUUCAAUUGUAUUGAAUUGGAAAGCUAAUGCUUCAUAUACAACUGUCACUUUUGAAAUACAUGAUUCCAGUGGCCCUGUAAACCAAUCAGCUACUAUCAAUGGAGGCUCUAUAUCUAGUCUUUCACCUGGAACAAAGUACAGCUUUACUGUAGUCUCUAUACCUCCAAAAGAUAGCUAUACAACCUAUUCAAAUGCAUUAGUAAAAAGUGAAAAUAUUUGGACAAGUGCUAUUUAUGGCCAGAUCUGUACAGAAAAUGCAACACAACCUUGUGAUACUGGUCUAACAUGUAGAAAUAAUAGCAGUGGAGCAUUAAAAUGCUUGUGUAACUCAUCUCAAUAUUGGUCAGCUAGCUGUCAACCACUGGAUGGCAUAAAAGCAUUGUUUCGGAAUUCUUCAGUAACCACAGACACAGUCACAUUGUUUUGGAAUGUUGCUGCUACAAAUGUAACAGGUGUUGGAUUUGAAAUUCGUACUGCUACUAGCACUGUGAACUCAUCAGCAACUAGUACUGGAGGCUCUGUAUCAGGACUGACUCCUGGAACAAAGUACAACUUUUUUGUAGUCUCUAUUCCUCCAUCUGAUGCAAACUUUCAUUAUAGUGAAGUUAAUGCUACAAUGCAGGAUUUUUGGACAAAUGCUAUUUAUGGUCAGCCAUGCACUGCAGAUGAAAGACCUAAGUGUGAUGGUAGUUUUUUAUGCAAUUCCUCAUCUAAUAAAUGUCUCUGUAAUACAUCAAGCCAGUAUUGGUCUAAUGGUUGUCAAGACAGCAAAGGAAUAGAAGCAUUAUUUCAGAAAUCUUCAGUAACCACAGACACAGUCACAUUGUUUUGGAAUGUUGUUGCUACAAAUGUAACAGGUGUUAGAUUUGAAAUUCGUACUGCUACUAGCACUGUGAACUCAUCAGCAACUAGUACUGGAGGCUCUGUAUCAGGACUGACUCCUGGAACAAAGUACAACUUUUAUGUAGUCUCUAUUCCUCCAUCUGAUGCAAACUUUCAUUAUAGUGAAGUUAAUGCUACAAUGCAGGUUGUUUGGACAAAUGCUAUUUAUGGUCAGGCAUGCACAUCAGAUGAAAAACCUAAGUGUGAUGGUAGUUUUUUAUGCAAUUCCUCAUCUAAUAAAUGUCUCUGUAAUACAUCAAGCCAGUAUUGGUCUAAUGGUUGUCAAGACAGCAAAGGGAUAGAAGCAUUAUUUCAGAAUUCUUCAGUAACCACAGACACAGUCACAUUGUUUUGGAAUGUUGUUGCUACAAAUGUAACAGGUGUUAGAUUUGAAAUUCGUACUGCUACUAGCACUGUGAACUCAUCAGCAACUAGUACUGGAGGCUCUGUAUCAGGACUGACUCCUGGAACAAUGUACAACUUUUUUGUAGUCUCUAUUCCUCCAUCUGAUGCAAACUUUCAUUAUAGUGAAGUUAAUGCUACAAUGCAGGUUGUUUGGACAAAUCCAGCGCCACCUGGAAAUAUUACAGAAAUAAAAGAAAUAAAAAAUAAUGCAUACACAAUUAACUUCAUAGCUUCUCCUGGAAAUGUUUUAAAAUAUCAUGUUACUGUGAAAGCAGCCAAUGGUAAUAUCAUCAAUGAGAGUGAAUCCUCAAAUAACAAUAUAAUUAUUAGCGGACUAACACCUGGAGAAAUUUACAAUUAUACCCUAUAUGCUGUAAAUGGAAAUAAUGUUGCUAGUGAAUCAACUUAUGUAACUCUAAAAACUCCUGAAAAAGUCAGUGGUGCUGUACAAAUUGAUCCACUUGCAAAUCUGACAUCAACAAGUGUGACAAUAACAUGGCAAAAACCAAAUGAACCAAAUGGAAAUAUUUUAGGCUACAUUGUUGAACUGUUCUCUAAUAAAAGUUUGAUACUUGAUUAUAACCUAACCUGCAGUAACUGUUCACAUAUGAUACCUAACCUGAAGCCUUACAGAAACUACACAAUCAAUGUAGCUGCUAUCAAUGGAGCUGGUAAAGGUCUUUCUUCAUCUGUGGAUUUUCAAACACAUAUAGGAAAACCUAAUCCUGUGAAAAAAUUGGAACCAAACCCAUUUAGAAUCACUGAAGGGGCUGGUUUGAUUAUAACAAUUACAUCUGGAGAAUACACAGGGCCAACACAUUUUAAUGUAUGUUUGUCUGCUGACAAAGUUGCUGACAAUUGUACAACUGUUUUUGUCAAAGACUCUGAUGACUAUCAUUUUCAUUCGUUCAACGGGAGCAUUCCUGUGAAUGCAACUUUUGAUAAUCUAUUGGCUUUCUGGAACUACACUGUUAGGGUACUAGCAAGUACAGGAGCUGAAGACUCGACAUGGACUGAAACAAAGGUGGAAACUUUAACAAACACUCCAGGCUUUGCAGCAGCAACAGUGAAACAAGACUUAAACAUUGCCACUUUAUUUACCAUAGACAUUCAGUGUCCCCCAGAGCAAGAGCGCAGAGGAAAAAUUCUAAAUUAUAUAAUCAAUAUUAGUAAUAAUUCUAGUUCAUUCAACCAGACAAUUAAAACAUUGAAUGAAUGCAGUAACAAUACCACUGAAACUCUCAAGGAUAUUAAAGUAGAACAGAGCUACAUGAUCAAAAUAUUGGUACAAAACAAUGACUUCAAUGGCACAUUCUAUUCACUAGGAUCCUAUUAUGUUUUUCCUAAAGCUCCAACACGUAUUAAAAAUGAAACAAGCAUUGUACAAAAAGGGUCAGACUUCACCACUUCCCAAGCCAAAGUCACUAUAAUGCUUCCAAUCAUUUUGGAUGAUACUCAAGGAAAACUGGCCAAUGCCAGUCUUCUUGUUUGUGCUGAUGUUUCUAAAAGCUCCUGCUACCAAGAUCGUCGGAAACGGUCUUCUGUUUUACCUGGAACCAAUAUUACUUGGUUUCAGGCACAAAAACAGGGAUUUGCUGUACAAUACAGAACUACCCCAGAUGAUUGGCUGAGUCAGCUUCAAAAAGCUACAUCACCUAAUUAUGAUUACACCAUUGGCGCUGAUCAGUGUGACAAUAGAGAGACUAAUUACUGCAAUGGUCCUUUACCUCCUGGUACCAAAUUUAGUUUUGUAGUGAUAGUCUGCACUGCUGGAGAUUGUAGUAAUAGUAUUACACUAAGUCUUCAUACUAAUGCUGAAGAAAAUAAUACACCAGCAAUAGUCGGUGGUGUUGUUGGAGGUAUCCUGGGAUUGGCUCUUAUCAUUGCAGUAGUAUUUCUAAUCAUAUACUUCAAACGACGUCCUCAUUCUGCAAGGCCAUCCUCUAGUUCAUAUGUGGAUUUAAUCAAAAGGGAUGAAAAUAUAAAGGAACACAGACCAGUAAGGAUUACAGAAUUUAAAGAUCAUGUCAAGAAAUUACAUAAAGACUCCAACCUAUUGUUUCAAGAUGAAUUUGAGGACAUUAAGAAACUGAGCAGCAGAUUGCCCAACAUCUGUGAUGAAGCCAAGAAAGAAAACAACAGGGUGAAAAACAGAUAUGUGGAUAUUUUACCUUAUGACAGCAGCCGAGUGAAGCUUGAGGUCCAACCAGAAGAUGAUGAGACGAUGGAUUUUAUAAAUGCCAAUUAUAUUCCUGGCUAUAACUCUGUCAGAGAGUACAUAGCAACACAAGGUCCAAUGCACAGCACAGUUCCUGACUUCUGGAGAAUGGUUUGGGAGCAGAAGUGUAGAGUUAUUGUCAUGCUAUCAGACUUGACUGAACAAGGCAAACCAAAAGUCACCCUAUACUGGCCAGAGAACUUAGGGGAACCAAUCAAUUAUGGGAAUGUAAUAGUUGAGAUGACCAACUUCUCACAGCUCAACAAAUACAUCAUCAGGAAUUUCAAAAUUGCUAAAGGCUCUGAAACAAGGAAAGUGACACACUUCUUCCUCCCUGGCUGGUGGGACUUCAGUGCCAAUUUAACAACUGGUGAUGUGCUAGAGUUUGCCCAGUUGGUGCGCCAGGAGGCCACACCUGCAAACUCAGGUCCUAUAAUAGUUCAUUGCAGUGCUGGUGUUGGCAGGACUGGAACUUUCAUUGCAUUGGACUACUUCAUGCAAUAUAUUGAAAAACACAGUCUCUUGGACUCUGUGGAUGUAUUUAGUUAUGUGAUGAAAAUGAGGGCAGCCAGACCUCGGAUGGUUCAAGCAGAGACCCAGUACAUCUUUAUAUUUGAUGCUCUUGAUGAAGUGAUAGACAGAAAGAUUAAGAUAGAACAAGAGAAGAAUGAACAUCUCUACAGCAAUGGUGGUGGAAACGACGUCUAUGCCAACAUGGUCAAAGCUCCAGAAGAGAGCAUCUACGCUAACACUCAGGUGAUCAAUGAGAAAAAUGGAAUCGAUAACAAGGCUUUCGAGUCUGAUUAUGAGAACCUGACCUUGAACAAGACAAACCAGCCUACCACAGUCUUGUGAGAGUUCCAGCUAAUGUGAUAUACUGACAGUGUUUACUUGUGCUUUUUUUUUUCUUCUGACAAAAGAGAGACAAAAUUCUGGCUUUGUUGUGUCCAUACAUUCUCAUUUGUUGACUCGUAGCUUCAUCCCAGUCUGUGCCCAAUCGUUUUUGAGAACAAAUGAAUAUUGUUUGAUUUCGCUUAAUUUUUUUUUAUAUUGUUAACAUCGCCUUAUAAUGUGUGACAGCAUAAUUAAACUUUUAUUAUGCAAAUAUGUUACUCAAACAUGAAGUACAUUGACUGGACCCAUCUGCUACACUUUAAAUCUAAAUAUAUGUAUUCAUAUAUAUUUACACCUUUUUUAUAUCGCAAAGACUUACAAGCACAAAAGUAAAGUAUAUAUUCUUUUUAUAUUUUCCUGACCAUUUUAUUUUAAGAUGUGUAAAUUAUAUUUACAUAAGAAAUUUUUAAAAGCUAUUAUUGUAAUAAACAUAAGAACAUUUUAUUGGACCAACAAAUAUUAUUUUCUUUCUCGUUAAGUUAAUCAUCAAGCCAGCAAACAUGUUUUCGCGUGUGUACAUUAUUUUUGCUGUGUUGUGUUGACAUUGCAAAUCCAAAGCAUCUUCACUUAUUUAAAAUAUUGUAUAUUGUUACAAUAUUUAUCUUUCUCUACAUAAUAUGAAGUUGUUACUGUAAUACAUUUGAAUGCAACUUAAUGUUGUGGUACCUGCCUAUGGGUUAUAUUGUUUAUAUGCACCCUAUUGUAAGCUGUUCCAACUUUUGCAAUGUUUCAUGCCUUUUAAUUCUGUCUUCCAUUCCCAAUGUUUGGACCUAACAUUCUGAAAAUCUCGCUUGAGAUUACUGUUUCAAAGACAUUAACCAAUAAGCCUGUACAAACCAUAAUUGUUACUCUUUAAGUCUAAAAGAAAAAAACAUUCCAACUUCUGCAGUGUUGUUCUCUAUUCCAUUGAAAAAAUAUUUAGCAUUUAAAUAACAUUCCCCCAAUAAUGCAACUAUUUUGAUAUUGAUAUAACUACAGUAUUGAUCUAAUCUUUUUUUUUUCAUUUUGUUGUGUUCAUGUAAAAGAAAUGAAAAUGAAUUCUAAAAACUAGCUUUUGAACCUUUUUUGCUGUAGAUUUAUAUGACUUGAAUCAUAUAGCUGUUUGUUGAAUUGAUGUAAGUUUUAACAUUGGAGACAUUUGGGAUGCUCAUUUAGACUAAGUGUCCAAUCAACGAGAUUCUGUCUAGGACCAAAUGUUCACCUAAGAGCUAUUCAGAUUAUGCAGACAGACACCAGAACAUGUUUUUUUUUGCUAAACUUUACACACUCCAGCUCUAUUGAUGUUUGUAUUUUAUUGUAUUGAAGUGUUCUCUACUCUCUCUAAACUUGUGAUUCUUUGAAAGAGCACUGUGUUCACUUGAAUAGUUUUAAGCAGACAUUUUGUAAUUAGUUUGACAUGGUGUAAAGGACAGAUACAGCCUAUCUUUAGAUCUGAGUAUAUCCUCUUUUUUUUCCUUCUCUUUGUAAAAAAAAAACUGAAAUUUAUUUUUCAUGCAACAUUUAAUUACAAAUACUGCAAAGUAUUGAGCACAUUUUUCAUGUGUACAUCUUGGAUUCUUAGCACUGCCAGGUACACCCCACAAUCUAAUUUAGCACUAUCUGUUCACCUCUGUACACCAGUUUCGUAGCUUGGGUGGGGAGUCCGAAUUUUAAAAUCCCCCCUGGCCACCACUUGUGGGGGGCUCCCAAAUGCAUGUCCGAAAUUUGUUUUUAAUAUUAAAUAUAGCGCCAUUAUCUCAUGUCAUGAUGUCGAAUGUGAACAUGCAGGGGCUCCCUAAAAGAGGUCAAGCCCGCCAGACCCCCAAAUCCAUAGCUACACUACUGUUGCACAGUAAGGAAUGACAAAAAUCUCUGGUGUCUUUUUUUUUAUCUCAUCUUGAACCAGAAGUUGUAAUUUACUUGAAGUAGAGCUACAGGAAACAGUUUUCUAACGGAAAAGGCCUAAAAUUUCGUCCUUUCUGCACAUAAACACUCCCAAAUAGAUUUCCAUUGUUACAUCUUAUCCCCCCCCCCCCCCCCCCCCAGGCUGUAUACUUCUCUCAGUGCUUGCCUUCUGUGUGUUGGCUGUAAACACCUUCAAUGAUAGCUGGUCUAUCAGGUCAAAGUUCAUCAAUUUGCCUUAAGCUGUGAAAAGAACUUUGAAAAGUCUUUGACUUCUUGCAGAACAUUUGCAUAAAUCAUUUUUGUGUGUUAUCUCGUUGCUGUGUCAACUUAGUUUAUAUUAUUACAUACAAGUAAUGAUGCUGAUUUCAUUUUGAUUGGUGGAUGAUGUCAUUGUUUUUUUUUUUAUUUUUUUACUCUUACUUCUUCUUGAUUGUCAAAAUGUGUAGAAAGGGGGUAGUAGUUGUUUAGCAGCUAUCAUACAAGAUCUGAUUGUUGAUCUUAAUCUUGAUCUGGCUAUUUAGAGAGUUGUUGUUUUUAAACCCUAACUUGUAAUCUAUUAUGUGUAUGUUUUAGUAGCCAUAGAUAUCUAUAAAGUGUAAAGAUUAAUGUAAGUAAAUAGACUCUUCUCUUAUUAGUCCUUGGUAAGAAUAAGAAUAUAUACUUCCAAGUCAUUAGCCCUAAGUACAAUUUGGAAAUUGAACCCUAAUCAGCCUUAUCCUAUUAUUUAAUAGCUUCUACAAUAAGACAGUAUUUGUUUUACUAACAAAUAUUACCACUAACCAUAUUUUUUAAAACUGCUUUUUAAGUCAUUUACAGCAGCUGAAAUAUAAAUGAUUCAAUUUUGUUGAUUUAAAAUAAGUCUCACAAGUUUGCAGCAACUCUCUUUGUAACCACAUCUAAUUAUGCACCAUAAUAAGAAAACAUCACCCAGAAAAGAAACUCUCUUUUAGUGUGGUCCUUACUUUGCAAGUCAUGAUUUUCUCAUUUCGUAUUUUCUCCUAAGCAUUAUCUGUACCCUAGCUCUUGUCUGUACAUACUAAAAGAAUCUUUACAAUGUUCAAUCCUCAUCACUGGUGUUUUGUUGAACAUGUUUGAUGAAGUGAAACGAAUUGAUCGAUAAAUGGCUGUGUUUUAUAGUGAACAUGUGAAACAUGCACGCAAUCAAAAUGUUGUUGUUUUUUUUUUUUUCAUUUUUAUCUUAAGAAUUUUUUUUUUGUUCAUAUAUUGAUGUCAUGUAAAUAUUGUUGUAUAUUAUAUUAUUAUGUACCAAAAUUGUAUGUGAAAUAACUGUGCAACUUUUUUUGUUAAGCUCGUGUAUUAUGUGUUAAGGAUUUCUGCAUCUAAGAUGAUUACACAUGCACCUGGAGUUUUUUUUUUUUUUAUAAAAGUUUCUUUCCUUGUGAGGACAUUGGUGUAAAAUUACUUGUUUGUUCUUUAUAGGCCUAUAGUCAAUGAAUCUACAGUGUAUACUAAAGGAGCACUUUUAUUAUUGUAGCUAUGAAAGAUUUACCAGUGAAUUAAAGUGAAUGUAAUGUUGGUUGCCCUCAACAAGCCCAAGUCUUUAUAAUAGUUGAGUAUACAUAAUUUAGCAGAUGGUUCUAAUAGCACUGGGUUUGCUCUAUUAAGACUACAGUAACAAUACAAUGUAUACACAAGUGCUAUAAUUUGUAUUUGACUGUUUAUUGUUUUCAAUCCAAGAAAAACAGUGGAAAACGAUUAUACAACAAAAAAAAAAGUUUUAAAAAGCAUUCCAUUUUUCUUUUGUGCUAAAGUAAAAAAAAAAUAUUUUACAACUCUAUUGUUACCUCUUAAGAAUCGAAUAACAAGAAGCCUUGUAUAUUCAUUUACAAAGUGUUUUAAAACUAAGGUGAUGAGUGGUUAUACCAAAAUGUUUUCUGAAUCAUUUAUUUGAUGAAAUAUGAAUCAUUCUGUUGUUUAACUAUUGAUGCAAUGAAAAUGUUAUCACAGUAUCAGGAUCUGAACUUUAUAUUUUUGUUUGAUCAACUUAUACACCUUGAUGCUUAUGAAUCUUCAUUAUCACCCAUUAUUUUUUGUUUAUAGUUUUGGUUUCAGAGACUUUAGGCUAAAGCUGCACAAAAUAAUUUUUUUUUUAGCUGGCCAUCUAUUUACACACUUUUUGUUUUCAAUCAUUGUAAAACCAAAUCUCAAUUUUACAUAACAUCAUUAUUUCAUCUAAUUCAUUUAAAUAACAUUUUAUAUUACGUAGCAAGCUUUUCUUUUUCUUAAAUCAUUUUUUUGUUGAUUCUGAAAUGAAUUGAAAUUAGUUAAUUACUUGUCAGUUUUAUUUACUUAGUUUUAGCUUUUUAAAUGCUUUUUUUUUUUUUUUAUUUAACCUUAAAUACGUUUUUGUUUCAAUAUUUUUUAGACUAGACUUCAUUAUUAUUUCUGUUAUAACUUAUAUAUGUAUCAUGUACAUACACAUUAUUGUCCAUAUGAAUAAGUAAAAGAGGAAACAAAAUACUUUGAAAACAUAUUUAACAAAAAAAAUAAUAAAUUACAUUCUUAUUUAGCAUCACUGGUAUCAUUAAUCAGACAUCAUAAUAUUUUCUUUAUAAUUUUUUUAAUUUGGACACCUGCCAGGUUUUUAGUUCAUCUGUUACCUUUAAAAAAAAAAGCUGUUAAUUAAUCUGGAACUUAGUACAUGAUUUAUCGAUCAGAACAGCUUCCCAAGUACCUUCCUCCCCCAACUACGACUACCUAAGAGUUUAUUACGUGAUGUUCUCAAAUCAAACUUUUAUGUCAGCCCCCAGUAUAUAAAUAAUGUGAAAAGAAAAAAAAUUAGAAAUCAAAGUAUCCGGGAUUGAGACUAAAAUAGAAUAAAAGAGUCCAUUUGUUGGCUAUUUAUAGACUUAGGUUCUUACAGGGAUGCUUUAGAUUGAAAUACUUACAUGGAUGUGUUGUAUAAUACCAGUUUCUUCCAGUAACACUGUGAUGGAGCCUUGUUGGAAUUGUGAAGUAUUCAAACUUACUUAUUGUAUAGCACAUCUACUUAUUGAAAAUGUAAUUGUAUUCCUGAUUUAGUGUCUGUCAUUUUUUUCUAUUUAUUUAGAUCAUAAUAUUUACUAAGAUAAUAAACUAUUUUUGUAAAAACAUCUUAUCAAA